AAUGAUAAUUAGAGGAAAGUCAGCAAACUAUGGAUUUCGGAUACUGGAAUGUAUGUGAACAAACAGUGGUUCUCCAAGGAGCACUGCUUCUAGCAGAGAAACUUGCUGUGCACAGAACUUUACUGGAGUUUAAGAAGUCUGACUGGCCUCUCAUUGAAAAGCCAAUCACUGAUGCUCUCAAGGAGAUCAGCUCAGGUAAUUGGUCCAAAAGCCACGAAUGGAGGAAAAGAGCCAUUGCUAUAUUUUGGGCCAAAAUUAUUUCAUGCCGGUCACAGCUGUCCCUGGAUGCCGAACUGGACAUCGAGAGGAAAUGGAAACAGGAUGUUUUCUUUGCAGUGGGAAACAUGAUGCCAAAAAUAAAUCGUACCAUUCUCUAUGAGAUUCUGAAAGCUACGAAGGCAGCAGAUAUAUUCGCAGAGCUUCUCUUGGUGCUGCCAGCAGAUUUGUGGGUGGAUGAAGUAUCCUUGUUGUUAGACCAUCUUUGUAGUGAAACGUCUAUAGGGGAUGUGACUUUCUUUAUGGAUGUGUGGUGGGAACUAAUGAAAGGCUAUAAACACAGUCAGGAUGAGACUGUUAAGAUAUUUUCAGCUGUUGCAGUUCAAUGCAUGUCUGAAAUAAAUGAUAACCUUUUGCCGAGCUCAAAGAGAUUUAAGCCUGACCCUGAACAAAGUUUACCUGCAGCUGAUAGUGUUCUUGCAGCAUUUCUGGAUAGGCUUCAUCAAAUGAAACCAUGCAUUGCUAACACCAAGCUGAAGUGCUACACAAUUGCUAACUUGGCAGAUAUGUUGUGUUCCUCUGCAUUUCUGGAGAAGGAGUCAGGACAUCUUCCCAUAAGGCAGUACUUAGAGAAAUUGGUUGCUGUCCUUUGUUUUUGCAAUGCAGGAGCCAAAAACAUUCACCCCAAAAGCUACUUCCCGGAAUCAAUAAGAGAAGCAGAGAGGGUUGUUCAGAGUGGAAACAUAGCUUCCAAAUUUAGAUUAACAAAAGAGGCUCAGCACUUCAGUUUAAAUUUACUCAAAGAUCUGCUGCUUGAGUGGGUAGAAGAGCUGCACAAUUAUAUGAAUAACAAUGAAGAGAUGGGGUACGAGUGUUACAGGAUGAACAGCAGCCUAGCAUCCUUACAGAAAAUCCUGUUUACAUUGGAAUGUUCAGAGCAAGGAGAGAGUGGUUUGGAAAUAGCAAAGCAUAUCACCAGCCUACAGGAGAAGACUGCAAUGGCACAGCUAAAAUACGCAAGAAAUGAUAUGGACACAAUGGCAGUCGUUGCCAUGAACAUAAUUAAGGAUAAGUUGGAACGCUAUGAGGAAGUUUGCUUUGACUUUGCUUCAGAGGUUACCUGGGUAUUUACUAACAACUGGUUCAAUUGCCUUAACAAGAACAAAGAACGUUUUCGAGAUGCAGGCCUGAUUUUUAAACUACUGGAAACUGUGGAUAAAGCUGUAUCGGAGCAAAGCAAUGAAAAUAACAAGCAAAAUGAAAAGUGUGCCAGUAUUGUUUUAGAUCUGUACUGUGAACUCCCAUUAGAAAACAUGAAUGAUGUGCUUAUGAAAGUGUUAUGUAAAUGGGGAAUGAAAGGGCUGUCUCAUUGUAUGACAGCAUUUACAAAUCACUUCCACGAAGAGCUCAACAUGACAUUCAAUCAGAUCUCCCAGAAUGUAACCGAUGACAAUCCUGUUACCAGAGUGGCCAGACUGGCUGUGUUGCACCCUGAACAUGUGGUCAGCAGAGCAUGUCACAUUGCUGUGACCAACCUUGGUGCUCAUGUCUUUUUAUCAAAGAUACUGACUUCACUUCCUGCCUUAGGUUUUAGGAAUUCUAACACAGAGGUAUCGGAGUCAUUAUUAUGCAAGUGCUUGAUGGAAACCUGCUGGAGCAAACUUUCCUCAGAUAAGGAAGAAAGUCAGUUUUUAUAUUUGCUGGCUUCUUUAAUGGGAUCUUCUGAAAAUGCAGAGAAGAAGUCCGCAUCUCUUCUGCAGCCAGCAGAAGUGGUAAGGACAUUUGUUCUUCCAUACCUACUUGAUGAAUGCAGUCAUUUGAAGUCUUGUUUGCAUAUCCUUCACAAGGCACUCGAUGUGGAGAAUCCACCCGAUGCCUCUGACAAGCACUGGGUUCUGUCCUGCUCACCAUUUCCACUUAUUAUGUCUCUGUGUAAACUCCUCAAUAGUUAUAGUAGGUGCUGGCAGCAUUCUGAUCAACCAUAUUGCCUUACAUUGGAAUCCAAAGAGUUAAUCAUUGCAAUUCUUACUCGGAUAUGUACUCUAAUAUUGCCAGAAGCUAACAAUAGUGCAGAAACCUGGAACAAGUCGCUGUUCUGGCUACACAGAAAAAUGGAGCACAUAGAUUGGGUUGUACGGUUGAGAAUGAAACCCAUGUUUGGAAAGCACUUUAAGUAUGAAGUCCCGGCUUGUUUGUUUGAAGUUUGCAAACUUUCAGAGAAGGAGUGGACAACACUUCACCUUCCCGAGUAUGGGCUGGGAACAGGCCUUUUAGCAUGGAUGGAAUGCUGUAGUAUAUCGGGAGACAUGAAAGACCAAAUGCUUUCUCUUUUGUGUGUCAACAUCGAGGACCCAGAGGAAGUCAAUCUCUUUAGCAAGGGGUUCUUGGUGGCCAUGGUUCAAGUUCUUCCUUGGUGCAGUUUGACCGAAUGCAAGCUUCUUAGUGACGUUGUGAGGACCCUCCUGGAAAAACAACUUCUCCAUGUUCCGUAUACUCUGGAAUAUGUGCAGUUCAUGCCUCUCCUUAACCUCCGGCCAUUUGCCUGCCAUCUCCAGUACUCUGUCCUGCUCUUACGAGUUUUCCAGCUCCUCUGCAGCUCUAGCUGCUCUAACUGGCUUACCCUUGAUGGCCAAAAACAUCUUGCAAGGCUUUACAGUGGCUGCAUCUCAGAUAUGUUGGAUGGGGUCAAACAGCAGUUGUCAGACUGCAGUCUUCAAUUGCAGAAGGAACCGAAAGCUGCAGACUAUGUUCAGGAGGUUUUGUUCCUCUAUAGUCAGGUAUUUUGCCAUGUUCUCCAUAUUAUAGCAAUGAUGCAAGAAAACACAUGUGAACCUCUCUUCUUUUUGUCCCUUGAAAUUCUUACCUUAUAUGAGACCAUAAGAGCUAGUGACACUUCCAAAAACAGCUUGCUGAGAAAAGCAAAUGAUAGACACUUCUUAAAGACCAUCACUGAGAGUGUGAGCAAUGAGCACCACCGGUCCACACUGAUGCAGAAAAUUAACAAACUUUAAAUAGCAAGUAACUGGAAAGGGCCUGUAAGUGUAUAAUCUAAGAAAUCUUACAUGGUACCAUAUAAAUCAGCCUUAGAAAGUGAUAAAAGCCCUAAGAUUUGCUUUGCCUCAUUUAGCAAGUGCACAUUACACCGUGACACUUAUGGCAUGGCU